UUGUUACGCAUUUCUUCAUUUUAUCUGUGUCGGACAUUUUUUAAUUUAUAGUUAGAUGUCAGUGCGUGCCUAUACUGUAUUAGUGUCUGCUGUAUUAGAAUAUUUAUUACUUUAUGUGUCUGUAACUGGCGAGCGCCAGGUUGCGUAAUCUAGCAAUCAUUUAAGCAGCGCGUUUCGGCGCCAGUGUUGCCAUUUUGUGUUUAUUUCUCUGUUUGGUUUAUAUGUUUUCGUUAAAUAGUUGUAUACGUGGCACUGCCUUUUUCUUUUCCUGCAGUCUGAGUCGUUUAAAUUAUUCAUUAUAAAAUGUAAUGGGCUAGACGCAGUUGGAAAAUGUAUAAGUCCAAAAUUAAAGUUACGUGUCAAUAAAGAUUCUGUAACCUUACAAAAGACUGACGAGAGAAGAGGCACCAAUCUUGGUUGAACAUCGGGCGCCGCUACAGUAACUUUAAUUUGGCAACUGCGUCAUCAGGUGAACUACUUUAUCGGUUUGUGAAGUUAGAGCGCUCAUAAUGUCGCUCGAAGUUACCGAUCAAAAUGCUGGCUUAACCCAAAAAGACCAUGAACUUGAGCCAAUCAUAAUCGACGAUCGUAAUAUAACUUUGCGUCGGAAACGUGUAGAACCUGAGGUAGAGGAUCCGUAUUCCUCAAAACUAGAUUUGUUAAAUCGAACUGAAAAGAGAUUGAAUAUUCGUAUUAACGAAGUUGACGAGUUGUUGUUAACGAGCAAUGAAGUAGAGAUAUUGCAGAAACGCAUGGCUGAUGUUUUUGAAACAAGGAGACAGUUUGAACAUUUACUUGGCGAAGUGCUCGCUAGUGCGCCUACGGCUGAGCAAGAGCGUAUGGGCGAUAAAAAGGAUCAUUACAAAAUGUUAGUGUCGAAUCUUAUGAGCAACACGAGACAAACGUUAGACCGAUUAAGGCAAGAAUGCUCCUCGCGUAGAUCGACAGCAAGUCGCAGUAGUGCCUCAUCCAGUGCGCUAUCGGCAUUGACUAAGCAACGGCACAAAAUUAACGAAGAAAUGGCCGCAUUGCGAUCAGAGUUAACAUUUAUUAAAGAGGCGCACAACACCGAAGUUACGAAACUGCGUAGCGAGCAUGAGGUGGAAAUUGUAAAUUUGAACAAACGAAUAGCUUCUCACAGCGCUCGCGCCAGUGCAUGUCUUGAGGCAGCCAUGAUCGAAAACCCUUACGGCAUUCACGAGUCCGAUCUUAAUUUUAGCAGCAUUCCCCGUGGCUCUGGCACCGGCAACGUUCGCGAAUGGGUAAACAACGCUGAUAGGCAAAAAAGAGGUCUAGAAACAAAUGAAGCGACGCGAACAGAGCAAAGAGCGCGCGAGCAGCCUGCCAAUGUGAUUACAGACGAGAUGGAACCGAGUUCUCGUUUGUCCGCCUCCCGGAGGCAACCUUUGUUGGGAACUCGUGGUGACGCGAAUGGUCAUAGGGUUUCUCGUUAUACCGAGGAUAGUCUAAUACCGAGCUUCCGUUUACCGGAUGUCAAAAUAGAUGUUUUUGACGGCAAUGUUUUAAAAUUUCCAGCUUGGGAAACCGCCUUUAACGCUUUGGUUGAACAACGGUCCACAUGUACAGCGCAUAAGUUGAAUCUCUUAAGCCAAUAUUUGGUGGGCGAACCAAAAUCGUUAGUAGAAGGAUAUCUUUUACUCCAAUCCGACGAUGCUUACUUCGAAGCUAAAACUAGGCUUAAACAGCGCUAUGGGAACGACAGCGUUAUCGGAAAAGCAUUUUACGACAGGCUAAGUUCGUGGCCAAAAUCUUAACCAGAGAUCCGAAAAGACUGCGAAAUUACGCUGAUUUUCUUAUGCAAGUUGUGGCAGCCAAAACAACAAUUCACAGCUUGGGAGUGUUGAAUUUUCCACAAGAAAGUAAUAAAGUACUUUCUCGAUUGCCUGAAUUCAUAAUUUGUAAAUGGCGCGACUAUUUAUAUCGGCAUCAAAGGGUAACUCCUGGCAGUCGCUAUCCAACGUUCGAAAAUCUCGUGAUGUUUAUAAAUGAACAGUCGGAACGAGAAAAUAUUCCUGAACUGCAUGAUCUUUCGUCUAACCGCCAAACUAAUAACCGAUACCCGAACGUACAGCCUCUUUCCAGAGGACACAUGUAUAAAUCCUUACACGCUCAAGUUAA